AUGAUUAAUAUGAGUCUAUUAACGAAUUCAUCGUCCCUGGAAGAUGAUUUAUGUAAUGAGUUUGAUUUGGACUAUAGUGAUAUCAUACCCCAAGAAUCGUCGUCAAUUUCAAACACUAAAAUAUCAUUACCGCCUGAUUAUUCUACAUCUAAUCGAAUCACCAACGAAUUAUUCCAAGUCACUAGUAAUUUAAGAGAUACAUACAAAAGAAAUGGUCAACCGAAACGAUUGAAUAAUAAUAAAAUUGAAAAGUUAAUACAGGAUAUCAACGUGAACCAAGAAUUAGAAGAGUCGGGAUUUGAAUUGGACGAUAUAGUACGAACAAGGGUGUUUAAAGGGAGAUUCAAAAAUCGCAACAGCUCAUAUGCCAUGCUACCUAAUUUGAAUGGAUAUUUUGAUGAAAACAAAGAAAACAGAGACAAGCCUUCCAAAGUGACUAAAUCCAACAAAUUGUCAUUACCUAUUCUACAGCCAAUCACCAACAAUCCAAAACGUCAUACAAUACGAUCACCAAAACGCUUAUGUCGACCAAAACAUAGAUCGAUCCGUCCACAGAAGCCAUCCAUCAAGGCGUUCGAUAAGUCCAAUAUUUUUCUUAUUGAAUCACUGACUGGUUUAAUCAAUGAUGCAACCAAAUAUGCCACUGAGUUGAAUGGAUCCCAUGGUGAAGAAUACCCACUACCCGAGCACGAAAACGAGGUGGUACAGAUCCCUACCAAUGAAGACAAAGAUCCCAAGAUGGCUAUCAUAAGAAUGUAUAAACCUAAAAGAUUAGCCAAAACUGACGAUUCAGACCACAAGAACGGGUUCUACAACGAGGCGGAAUUUGACAUAUAUAGAGACCAACAAAGUUCCGGAGUUCAAGUUGUUUCAAGCUCUGUGGGAAGCAGUUCAGGUACAAAGAAAUCGGUCAGAUGGGCAGAUAAUUUAGAAUGGUAA